AUGCCCAACCCUGCCAAAUCCUCCUCUAAGCUUCGUCGUCGCUCUUCUCCUGCCAAGACCAAGCAUGUUCCUGCUGUGAAUCCUAGGACUAAUCAGCACAAACAUCGUCUUCCCUCUUCCAGUGACGAGGAAACUCAGCCUAGUCACCGUCUUGGACCCACAGCUCCAGCUUCUACUCGCAGUAUUGAACCUUGCUCAACUCAACAGCCUUCUCGCCGUAUUCAACCUCGCUCAGCUCAACAGCCUGCAAACCGUAUUAAAUCUACAGCUCCAGCUUCUACUCGCCCUAUAGCUCCACCUGUCGCUUGCCCUAGAACUCCUCCUCUGACUUCUGACCAUGAAAUUCUCGACGAUAGUGAUAUGGACGAUGCUGAUCAUAUGGACAAUGACAAUGCUGCCAUGGAGGCUUUCAAUGAGUCUGGUGACUCCAGUCACUCUGCCGAUGAGAACGUUGAAGUGGGUAGGAAGCGUAAGAAGUCAAGUCGCAAAGCUAGUAAGUUACGGAAGAAGAAACUAGCUGACUACGAGACCGACAUCGAAAAGAAGGCAUAUAUCGAAGAUACUUGUUUAUCCUUAGGACGAUAUCUCCCACGCGCUGUUGAGCUAUGGGUUGAUGUGGAUGAUAUUGUUUGGGCUGGCUUGAAGCAGGCUGAGAGGGCAGAAAAGAUGAACAAAUCUGUUCAUGACAUGCCAGCAAAAACACGGAAUGAAGUCUCCUUCACUGUCCUACUGAAGCUUAUGGAAUGCAAUAUAACCUUCCCUGACAUUUUCAGUGUUUACAAAACUGAACAGAUUGCGGUCAAAUCACUCAUUGAUUUACUGCAUGAUGGCAUCAAGGAAGGCCGCGCAACUGAUACUAACAAGGUCUGGACACAGAUAUUGACUUUGAUGCUCAAGGAUCCCCGUACCGACACUAUCACAAAACCUGCACCGACUUCAAAGUCUUCCUAUGGCUUCAAUCAUAUUGAUACCGGGCAGCUCUUGUGCCCUCAGGUUUAUUUAGAAUCAUUUGAUGAGGAGUACAACCUUCUUCUAUCACUAUCCGACAGUCAAAUUGAAGUGAACACUUCUUAUUGGCCAUCGUUUAUGUAUGAUCAAGCCAUGUGGACACCGGAGGAUGAAGAAAUUGGAUUGACACGAGGAUACUUGCUCCUUCGAGUGUUUCUCCAUAUUUUCUGCAGUAACAGAGAUCCAACAAAACAAGAGGACAAGAAGCGAUGCAAUAUCGCAAAGAUCAACCGAAUGCAUCAGGUGACUGGCCAUCAUAUUGUGUAUGCAGCAUGCCAGACAAGGUAUGUGCUCUCAUCUAAGACUGCCUGGUGUGAGCAAGAUGGCACGUUCAAUAUGAACACAUUUUACGUUGCUAUUGUGGAUCUCUUUGAGCAGUAUCCUGAUGACGAAUGGGUUACUGCGACGCUUGGCUGGUGGAACGAACAGAUCUUUGGUGACGCUGAAGGCUGUACAAUCACUGAAGCAGAAAAGCAAGAACAUGCGUCUGAGAGUUCAGUUGGAAAGAUUGCUGCUGCUCAUGCUGCUCGUGCUCGUGCUGAGGCUCUUGCUAUGGCGGCUGAAUCUAGUGCCGACGACUCAUAG